CCUACAUAUUAGGCGCUAGGUUUGUAGUCGUUAAACAUGGGAGUGGGUUGUGUACAUUUGUUAUUUUAAUCCCUUAUCUUAGACCGUUCAGCAUCUUUUUCUGUUCGAGCACAUAACGGGGUUUGGGUUAUUUCGAGUGAAGGAAUUUGACGAAAUAACUAGUAGUUUUAAAGCUCUUCCCAAUGCUUUCAUCAAACCGGUCGCUUUUGUCCAUUUUAAGGCUGUCCAGGAGGCUGUAGAAAAUGUUCAAGCUAUCGUUAGCGGAAACCUCUCUGAAUUGCUCAGGCAGUUUCUAAGGAGAAAUGUGCCGACGGUCGACUGUGUGUUGGGAGUCAGUGACGAAAAAUUGGGCAAAUCUAUACUGGCUUGUGAUUUUGGCUUCGAAUGCAUUUGGCAUGGAUCUGUUCACGAGGUUCUCCGGGUAAUAAGACAAAGUUUUACCCGGUUGACACGUUCGCUGAUCACUCAACCUGGUGCUGCACUCUCCUUACCAAUGAUUGAUGAAAAAUUGAAACCUUUAACUAGCGCAGAUGAACUAAAACCUGGACUAGUCGCUGAAUCACGUGCACGGGUUGUUGUUAGCCUAGCACGUGCUCGUCUACAACUGGGAAUUGAACAUCACCUAGCUGAUACUGGGAUUGUUAAAGUACUGAUGCUGAUCGACGAACUGGAUAAUUCCUUAACACAGUCAGCUUCGCGGUUAAGAGCUUGCUACAGUAUACACUUUCCAGAGGUGUGUCGACCACAUUUUAAAAAUCAAAUUUGUCUGAACGAUACGAAUCUGGUCCAGUUGAUAGCCAACUCCCCACUUCGUUCUUCUAUAAUUUCAAGCUUUGCUGCUGGAAGUUUCACGUAUUUCGGUAGUGACAAACUUGCUUCUCUCAUUGCAACUGCUGCUCAAGAUUCUGUUGGAGCUGAGCUAAGUGAGGGAGACUGUGAAAACCUUCAAAAAUAUGCACAACGUUUAUUGCAAAUGAAUGAGGUAAAACAACGGUAUGUAGAUUCCUUGUCACGACGGAUAAGUAGUUUGUGUCCUAAUUUGCAUGCUCUUCUUCACUGUACACUUCAUUCAGGUGAUGAGGCAGAACAAGGAAAGGUUCCCAAGACUAAGGAUAAUUUGUCAUCUUGUUUGGUUGCCGCACGUCUAAUAGCUAAUGCUGGUUCUUUCAAUCGACUUGCUUCUAUGCCUUCUACACGUUUAUUGUCUUUAGGGGCAUCAAAAGGAUUAUUCAGGAAAGGUGGUGCUAUUGUGGCUACAUCUACAGGUCUUUUAUCAAACGCAACUAAAGUGUUAGGAGAUCCGAAAUUACCAACAGUUACAGACAAUCUUCAACCGGCAACUUCUAGUAUUUCCGCAGCUGAGUUGAAGGCUGUGAGUGCUAAUCGUGUACAGAGGGAUACAGUUCAUCGUCGUGCUGCUCGUCUACUUGCUGAUAAAUCAGUCCUCGCUUGUCGUGCAGACUGUUUUCGCCAACACAAUCCAAUUUACCAACAGCAAGGUUUUGCUUCACAACCUUGUGUCUCUGUCAUAGAAGAUGAACGACUCAAAUGUGGAGCAUAUGGUCAGUAUCUUGGAAAAACUGUCCAAGAACACUUGAGGAUAUGGGCUGAAAAAAACGGGAUACAUACAGACAAAACUGAGGAACAGAAAAAGGCGCAGCGUGAAAGAAGGAAAAAGUAUCGGAAGCUCAAACGAAAGGCUUGGUUCGCCCGCAAACUUUCUAAAUGCACAGAGAAUCAGCUGUCGGAUGAUGUCAACAAAGAUAUUGAAUCUAUGGAUGUCGAUUCAGAUGGUCCCACACAAUUUAAAAUUAUCACUUCCCAACUGAUAGACAAUGGAGAUACUUUUAAUAAUGCGAAGAAAACAGAUGACAGUUAUAACGCAGAUUUGAAUGGUACAUGUUUAGUAAACUCCAACGAGCUCUUGAAUUCGUCAGCAGAAAAAUCUUGUUUUCGUAAAAAAAGGUCGGAGUGCAACAAAUAAUUUCCGCUAAAUAUUAACAUAAUGAUUACAAAUUCUAUUGUAAAUAACAUGGACUUUGCAAGUUGACAUUUGAUUGUAAGGCAUUUUGCACAUAUAAAAAGUCUUACUCUAAUGUUAACGAUUCAAGUUCAAGAAUUGAUAUCCAUGACAUCUUAAAGCGAUGCUAUGAACUCCAUGUUAUAGCUCAAAUCAAGAAAAGCUGGCCUAGCUGUCGAGGUCUUCGACUUUCAGUAACAGUCUCGAAUCCCCUUCGGUUUCGACGACCGGAUAGUAACAUGAGCCAUUUCCAUCAGUGUUGCUCGUACACAAAUACCUACCAAAUGAGUUUGUUCAUUCAUAACGUCAAACCACAACAGGCUUCAUUAACUAUUGAUAUAUGUUACAUCUGCAAAACUCCCAUACGAUAUUCAGGUUUUGUGGCUCGCUUGACCUAGCCUCGUCAAUUUGAGAAACCGGAACAAUUUACCCACCCUGUAUUUGUGAUCUUGAACGCUACUUCUCAUGGCCUUCCUAACGUGGUCGAACAUAAAUAUAAACUGUGGUUUUUGGAAAUGUCUAUUCGCUCCAUCCACUAACGAAAUGUAAUAGUUUUCCAACCACAAUCUCGGGUUUUCAUAGAACAUCUCAGCCUCAUCGUUAUACUGAUAACUAUCUGAUACCAGUUUUGUCAAAUCUGGAUUACAUGACAGUUGCUUAAAAGAAAUGUUUCGAUGUAAAUAUCUGAAAAGAAAAGAAGGAAUGAAGAAAUCAGUGCAUUUAUGCAUCAGUUUCUAUGUGGAUUACUGUACA